AUGGCUGAGAAGAAGGAAGAAAUAACACAAUUGAUGGGCAUAACUAAACUUACCCAUACUGCCACCUACCUAAGAAUGCCUUCUUUUUGUGGAAAAACAAAGAUGGCAACCUUCAAUUACGUUCUGGAGAGGAUUAUGAAGAAGAUUCAAGGAUGGAAGAAUAUUUUCCAGUCCCAAGAAGGUAAUGUAGAGAAAAGAAAGAUAUGCUCGAAAAGUUGGAAGGACAUGACAAUGGCUAAGGCACUAAAAGGCCCGGGUUUUAAGGACUUCUCAUGCUUUAACCCUACUUUACUAGCUAAAACAAGCUUGGAGAUUGAUCCACAAUCCAAACUCUCUGUGGGCACAAACUAUGAAAGUUAA